UUCCCAUUGGUCCUCAAGGAAGAAAAAUCAAAAUGCGUUGCUUUAUAUCAUUUAUUGCUUUGCUGGUUAUUGGUGUUACCCUUAUUGAGGCAGCUCCUCACGAUCAUGGCCAUGGCAAGGCUUCAAGUUAUGCCAUUGUAACCAAACAUGAAGACAGCCAUGGGGGACACCAUGGUCAUGGUUAUGACGAUCAUGGCUAUGGUCAUCAUUCCGAAUAUCAUGGACAUGUUGAACAUCAUGGUCAUGCUGGUGGUUAUGGUAGCGGUCAUCACGAUGACAGCCAUGAUUAUCAUAGCUAUCCUGAAUAUGAAUUCUCAUAUGGCGUUAAGGACUCAAAAACCGGUGAUGUCAAGGACCAAUGGGAAUCCAGAGAUGGCGAUAAAGUUAAGGGAAGCUACUCCCUGAAAGAAUCCGAUGGAACAACUCGUGUUGUGAACUACUCUUCCGAUAAGAAGAACGGUUUUGAGGCCACCGUUCAUAAAAUUGGUCAUGCCCACCAUGACGAACAAGGUCACCACGAUUAUGGUCAUCACGGACAUAGCGAAUACAGCCACUCUGGCCAUGGAAAAGCCACCAGUUAUGUAUCGGUAAAGAGUCAUUAGGUGGAAAUGAAUUUCAUUUAAUGUGGGAAAUCCAGAUAGGAUAAUUUGUCGACCAAGAGAUUGAAAUUUCAAAGAUGAAUUGAUGUCUCAGGGAUUAUUUUUAUUCACAUAAAUACAUUUAAUUGCAAAAAGUUAUCAAAUGGUAUUU